UCUCUGGUCUUCCGGCACACACUCUAUAAUUCCCUUCGUACUAUAUAAUGCCUCAACCUCCCUCCGAAAACCCUAAUCUCCUAACCAGUGACCUGAGCUAGAGCAAGAGCAUUUCUGCUACAUCUUCGAGGCCUCUUCGCCGUUCAAUAGACGAUGAAGUUCAACAUCGCAAAUCCGACGACUGGGUGCCAGAAGAAGCUUGAAAUUGACGAUGACCAGAAACUCCGGGCUUUCUUUGACAAGAGGAUCUCACAGGAGGUCAGUGGGGAUGCACUGGGAGAGGAGUUCAAAGGCUAUGUAUUCAAGAUCAUGGGAGGCUGUGACAAGCAAGGUUUUCCAAUGAAGCAGGGAGUCCUGACUCCAGGUCGUGUUCGUCUUUUGCUACAUCGAGGCACUCCAUGCUUCCGGGGAUAUGGUAGGCGAAAUGGAGAGCGCCGAAGGAAAUCUGUUCGUGGGUGCAUUGUUAGCCCUGAUCUCUCAGUUUUGAACUUGGUCAUUGUGAAGAAGGGUGAGAAUGAUUUACCUGGACUGACUGAUAUUGAGAAACCAAGGAUGAGAGGUCCAAAGAGGGCAUCGAAGAUCCGGAAACUAUUUAACCUCUCCAAGGAGGAUGAUGUUAGGAAGUAUGUGAACACCUAUCGCCGUACCUUCACAACCAAAUCUGAGAAGAAGGUCAGCAAAGCUCCUAAAAUACAAAGGCUGGUGACUCCCUUGACUCUGCAGAGGAAGCGUGCUAGAAUAUCUGACAAGAAGAAGAGGAUUGCGAAGGCCAAGGCUGAGGCAGCUGAUUACCAGAAGCUUCUUGCCACCAGGUUGAAGGAGCAACGGGAACGGCGCAGUGAGAGCUUGGCAAAGAAGAGAUCCAGACUCUCUGCGGCUUCUAAGCCAUCUGUCAUUGCUUAGGUCUCUGGGAUAUAGUCCUUGUUUGUGGAUUUUUCAUGGAGUAAUUGCUUGGUAGCAUUAUGGGAUGAGUUGAGGUAAUUUUGACUGUUAUUGAGAUGAGACUAGUUCAUUUGACUGCCUACUGAGUACUUCUGUUCUGCUUAUAAGAUUUUGAGAUUUUUUUGUUUUGAUGAGAUCGAAUGUGGAUCUGUUACUUCAUUUGGCAUAUCUUUGGGCAAUAUUUGUUGAUUGAGUUAUUAGAUUCCGUC